UACCAAAUCAAAUCAUUAGAAUCCAUUAUGAAUUUAUAUUUCUAUUAAUUCACACAUAAAUAUUUCGUUAUACUAUUUAUUUUGUAAUUACUAUUGCAUAUUACAUACUUUUACAUUAUAUAACACAAUAUUACUCCCUCCGUCCGCCAUUAAAAAUCUCAUUUCUUGGCCGCACGAUUUUAAGAAAUGUUAAGAAAAAUGAGUGGAAAAAAGUAAGUAGAAUAUGAGUUCCAAGUGUAUAUAUUACUUUUAAAUGGAAUAUGAGUUGAAUGAGUUAGUGGAAUAUAAAACCCUUUUACCAUUUAUAGUAAAAAUGAAUGGGGACUCUUAUUUGCGGACUGAAUAAAGCAGAAAAAAUAAAAGAGAAUAGUUUUUAAGUGUAAAAAAAGUUGUGUGAUGAAAUGAAGGAUAAAAAAAAUAAAACAUAAAAAAUGAUAAUAUUUGAGAAAGUGGAAAAAUUUUACAGUGUUAAUUUUAUUUUUUCCCAAAUUCUUUAAAAUACCAAAAAAAAAAAAUCAAUUUUAACACGGCCAAAACGACGACAACUCGUGGAUGGAGAACGAGCGUCACCGUGCGACACGUGACGAGGGCACGUGUAAGGCCAAUAAGGGCUCCUCCCUCCACACUAAGAAGCCCUUCAGGAUGGUUCAUCCGCAACGACGACCCUAGACCAUCCCGUCCCAGUGGGACGAAUUUGGGCUGGUUAAGCCAACUGUUGUGGACGAUCAUCUUAGGGUCUUUGAAAAGGAAUAUUCCCUCCGUCCGCUAUUUAUAGUCCCAUUUUGACUCUGUACCGAUUUAAAGAAAUUAUUUGAUUUUGUAAAGAAAAAUAGAAAAAUAAGUUAGUGGAAUGUGUUGACCCCUCUUUUAUAUAUUGAUUUUAUAAUAGAUUGUGGGUAUAAUGAGUGAGGUGAACGACGAGGUCUAUUUAAUUAGAAUUAAAAAAAUGUAAAUGAGACUUUAAACGUGGACACUCUGAAAUAUCAAAAUAAGAAAUAAUAUUUUCUGGAAAAUGUGUCAAAACUCAAUAGUAAUUGAAGUGAUGCGCCCUCACGCGAAACUAAUUAACUACGUACUAGUUGAAGAAGCAAAUUAAACUCUAAUUUGCAUUCACGGCUUGAAAUUAAAACAUCGUCAGCUGCUCCUUGUCUUGAUAUUGCUACUCUUUGGUUUAAAACAAGAUUCCUCUUUGUGUGAAAGACGAACGAGCAAUGGUAGGAAAGCGUGACAAGAAGAUCAGCUCUUCUCCCACCACUAAUCAAUGGCCACAGACUGAAUGAUCAGAAAAGCUCCACACCAAAUAAAGCAAUGGCCGGUAAUAAGCCAAAUAUUCCUCACCUUCUCCACUGCCCUCGCUGCGAUUCCUCCAACACCAAAUUCUGCUACUUCAACAACUACAGCUUGUCCCAGCCUCGCCACUUCUGCAAAUCCUGCAAGCGCUACUGGACCAGAGGCGGCACCCUCCGCAACGUCCCCGUCGGCGGCGGCUGCCGCAGAAACAAGCGCCACUCUGCCACCUCCCUGCCGCAGAUAGAUCUGCCUCUACCCCCUUUGUUUCACAGCCUCAAUGCUAGUUCCUCCGAGCUCUACUUUCCCCUUUCCAGUUUUAGGGUUUCUUCAGAUGAUUCCGGAUUCGGUCAAAAUCGAAUCAACGGUCUCGGGUUAGGGUUUUCAUCCAAGCCGAUCCAGGUGGCUCCUUCGUCGCCUUUCGCAUCAGCUGCAAACAAUUCUGUCUUCUUCGGAUCUUCAACAAUGGCAUCUUUGCUCCAUUACGAUGAUAGACUGUCUUGGGACCCGAACCAAACUCCGAGCCUAAACACAAACCCUAUCGAUCAGAUUAAUUCGUUUGAUCACGUGUGGAACACAAGCACAAGCAGCGCCGGCGCUUGGUUUGACCCCUCAACCAUUGGUCUGAUCUAGAAGCUUCCAUUGUUCUUCCUUUAAUCUCAUUCAUUAACUGGUUGGGUGGAGAAUAUUAGGAUAGGAGGGAUCAUGUCAGCAGCAAAACAAAAUUCAGCCUGAUAUAUUUUUGACAUGGAAGGCUAUUUUGCGCUGAGAGGAACCUCGGAUCCUCUUCUUCUCAUAUUCGAACAUAUGGAUAGGUGAACCUUGUAUUAUAAGUAUAUAUGUUAUCAUGACAUUUUUUUUUCAUUUUGGUGUAUGUGUUUAGUUUAUGUAACAUGUUUUUAGAAUUGGGGUUUACUUUGGAUUUAUACAUCUACAUCUAGAUGAAGCAAAAUUUGUAAAGUGUCUCAAGAAUUUGUUUAUUUUCGGUUUUCGGGGACUAUUUGGAUUUUGGUAUACAAGAAAGAGAGAUAUUGUGGUUA